CCAUCGUCAAAAUCAAACAAUCAUCAUAAUUUUUGUGAUAUUCCAACGCUUCGAUGUCGAAAUCUCUGGUCCAGCCCAUAGGCCAGAAGCGGCUGACGAACGUCGCAAUCGUACGGCUAAAAAAGCACGGGAUCCGCUUCGAGAUCGCAUGUUACAAAAACAAGGUCCUCUCGUGGCGCUCUGGAGUAGAGAAGGAUCUGGAUGAAGUGUUGCAGUCACAGACCGUCUAUUCAAAUGUUUCAAAAGGAGUUCUUGCAAAAUCGAAGGAUUUGAUUAUGGCCUUUGGGACUGAUGAUCAUGCAAAGAUAUGCUUGGAGAUUUUGGAGAAAGGUGAGCUUCAGGUUGCAGGGAAGGAAAGGGAGUCUCAGUUAUCAAGUCAGUUCCGGGAUAUUGCAACAAUAGUCAUGCAGAAGACAAUCAACCCAGAAACUCAACAUCCUUAUACUAUCAGCAUGAUUGAGCGGCUUAUGCAUGAAAUCCAUUUUGCUGUUGAUCCUCAUAACAGCUCAAAGAAACAGGCUUUGGAGGUUAUACGUGAGCUUCAAAAGAAGUUCCCAAUAAAACGCUCGCCAAUGAGACUACGGCUCGUUGUCCCUGAAAAGCAUUCCUCUUCUCUCAUGGAGAAACUUAGCACUUGGAGUGCAAGUGUUGAUUCCAAGGAUGAGUCUGGAAAUCAGCUCUGUGUGGUCUGUCAAAUCGAACCUGGUUUUUUCCGGGAUUGCGAUGCCUUGGUGAGGAAUAUGCAGGGGAGGUUGGAAGUUCUUGCUGUUUCAGUACAUUUUGAGGGGGACACACAUGUCGACCAUUACGAUGAUUAUGAAGAUGUUCCAUUGAGCAUUGCCAAAGAGCCUACUGCCUCUGUGCUCCAAAUCAGUGAAAGGAUGCAGAAGCAAGCCAUCUCUACAAGAAAUGAGAAUGCCAAAGAACAGGUCAAGCAGAAUAGGUGCAACACAUGUGACGCAGAUGUGGGAGAUGUGAAGCAGUACCGGGAGCACUUCAAAAGCGAGUGGCACAAGCAUAACCUGAGGCGCAAGACGAGGCAGCUUCCUCCCCUCACUGCAGAAGAAUGCCUUGCUGAUGUGGAAGUAGGAGAUCUGAAGACCGAUUUGCAGGAUUAUUCGUUUUGAGGUGGUGGAAUUGGCGCUUUGUGAGUGUUCCCAGAAAACUUCUCAUUUGCAACAACAUAUAUGGCAUGGUGCGGCCGGCUGAAGCAGCACCAUGAAUGGAUUGCCAGAUUGACAGGCCAUCUGUGCAUCUCCUACUUGGAAACUGCUGAAUGUCUGCUGAGUUGGAAAAUGGGUUUUGCCUACCAAUACAUUGCUUGCAUUUUGCAGUGGAGCUCAAGCAAUUGUUGUUUCUGUGAAAGGGUCAUUCCCUUGGAUCACAAGAUGUAUACCUUUCUAUACUUUUGUGUAAAAAUAUCAAUGAACUAGUGUUUGGUUAGCUUUCAUCUUCCUUGACUCUAUGAUUGAGGUUUUCUGCUUUCUAAGGAUUUUGGUCAAUGCAAUAUGGAUUUUUUU